AUGCCAGUCAAAUCGAUGGCACCCCAGAAUGGCGGUGCCAAGGUGGUUUCCUUUGAGACAACACCCAUCAUGAGCAGCUAUCUUGUUGCUUGGGCUAUCGGCGAUUUUGAAUACAUCGAAUCAUCCACCAAGAGAUGUCCUGGCGGAAAUACCCUACCUGUCCGAGUGUACACCACAAAGGGGCUUUUGCCUCAGGCCUCUUACGCAUUGGAGCAUGCGUGCCGUGUCCUAGAUUACUUUUCAGACCUCUUCGAGAUCGACUACCCGCUUCCGAAACUCGACCUAAUCGCCAUCCCUGAAUUUGCCCAUGGUGCCAUGGAGAAUUGGGGACUUUGUACCUUCCAGGCAACAGCUCUCCUAUACGAUGAAGCCACCUCAGCUCUUGACAACAAGGAGCGAGUCAGUUAUGUGAUUGCACAUGAGCUUGCUCAUCAGUGGUUUGGCAAUCUCGUCACAAUGGACUGGUGGAACGAUCUAUGGCUCAAGGAAGGCUUUGCCACUUGGGCCGGUUGGCUUGCAGCCGAUCAUUUCCAUCCAGACUGGCAGGUUUGGGACAAGUUCAUGUGCGAAGGUCUCCAGACAGCACUUCAACUCGACUCACUCAGGGCAUCACAUGCCAUCGACGUCGAGAUAAGAAAUGGCCCGGAUAUCGAUGAGAUAUUCGACGACAUUAGCUAUCUCAAAGGUACUUCGUUGAUCCGCAUGCUGGAUGGACAUUUGGGUCGCGAGAUGUUCCUCAAAGGUGUAAACAGUUAUCUGGCUGGCUUUGCAUAUGGGAAUACCACUUCAGCAGAUUUGUGGGAUCACUUGAGCCAAGCAUCGGGAAAAGAUGUCGCAUCAUUCAUGGAUGCUUGGAUGCAUCAGAUAGGCUUCCCGGUGGUCUUGGUCAGCCAUGAAAUGGGCCAGCUUCAGCUAUCUCAAGAGCGGUUCCUUCUCACAGGCGACUUAAGCCCUUCUGAGUCUGGAGCUGUCUGGUGGGUUCCAGUGAAUCCGAUUCUCCUUGGCCCCGGUCAGGAAAUAUCGAGCAAGUCCCUAGGCAUACAAUUUGACCAGAAGACAGGAGUGGAAAUCGUAAAGAUCAAUGCAGGCCAGGCGGGCUUCUUUAGAGUCGCCUACGCCCCAGACAUCUUUGCCAAACUUCUUGAGAAUGUAGAAACCCUCACAGCUGGAGAAAAGGUCUGUCUCAUCGCGGACACGACUGCUCUUGUGCGAGCUGGCCGAACAAGCGUGAUUGAGCUCCUCCAGUUACUAUCGUCUUUUCGAUCCGAGACCAAUUACUUCGUGUGGCUACAGGUUUCCAAGGCACUUGAUAUUCUCAGCUCGAAUUUCUCCGACACUCUCGCAGAUGAGCUUUCGAGAUUGACAAGAUGGCUGGUGCAGGAUAUAACUCCCACUGUCGAAUGGGAAGUGGUGCCGGGCGAAGAUCACAGCAAGACAAAGAUGAGAGCCCUGAUAAUCAAGAUGGCAGGCUUGGCGGGAGACAAGGGCACGAUCAGAGAAGCCCUACAAAAAUUCGAAGAAUACCCUAACAACACGCUUCACAGCAGCCUUGUCCUGAUUGUGCUCUCCAUCGCGAGUGUUCAUGGAGGCUUAUCCGCUUACCAGAGAUUGAAGUCUCUCUACCUGGAGCCUCCUCUCACAUCGAUUGGCAACAGGGAGACUUACUUGCGAGUACUGGCAAUGUGCUCCUUACCAGAAGCAUUUGAUGAUUACCUUGGGUUCCUUCUCACCACCAAAGUCCAAGUCUCAGAUCUCCACGUUUCGGCCAACGCGAUCUCUGCGCAGCCAUCGGCCCGGAAAGCGUUUUGGGACUGGCUGAGAGAGAACUGGGCAGAGGUCUUGCUCAAGUUUGACGGGGCCUGGCCGAGUCUGGACAAGUUCUUGAGGCAAGGUCUUGGCGGGCUGUCUGGCAAUAGCUCGGAGGAGGAGGUACGGAACUUCUUCUCGGAUAAAAACUAUGAGACGAUUGGCUUUGGGAGAGGCAUGGAUGUGGUGAUGGAGCGAAUUCGGAAUUGUUUGUUUGGCCAACCAAGCAGCAUGACCAACACCGAUAUCACGACUGUUAUAAGCGAAGAGGUCGCCCCCGCGCUGGGUCCUUACUCCCACGCGGUCAAGGAUGGUGGCUUCGCGUUCUUGUCGGGCAACAUUCCUGUUGACGCGACUGGUCAGGUCGUGCCAGGUGGGGCUGCCGAGCAGACCAAGCAGGUGUGUCAGAACAUGAUGUCAGUUCUGAAGGCUGUUGGGACCGAGGUUGGCCGUGUUGUCAAGGUCAACAUCUUUCUCGCUGAUAUGGGGGACUUUGGGGCCGUGAAUGAAGUUUAUGCCAAGUACUUUGUGCACAAGCCAGCACGAAGCUGUGUGGCUGUGAAGGAAUUGCCCAAGAAGGUGUUGGUGGAGGUUGAGUGUAUUGCGGCUCUCUGA